CUGGUGCUGAUUGGCCAAAUUCGGGGGAGGAAAAACGCAUUAUUUGAGCGUUGCUAAAUAUGGUAUUUGUAUUUGGCGCCAUCCCCAAGUUCUAGAUACAGCCACAUUGUUUACUUCUUUCAGCUAUGUUUGUUAGCCUAGAGACAAGGCAGGUUUUCACAUACCCAUUUUGACACUUUCAUAGCCAGUCACAAGAAGAUCAUUUGAAUGACAAUGGCACUGAGGAAAACUGCCAAAUACCAACACAUGACUCACAUGUGGCACAACACCUACUGUAAGAGAUUUAACAUUUAACAUGAUAAUGUUGAAAGUCACCGGGAAUGAUACUGUCAAGUAUUGUUAACAUCAGGAACAAAACAUAAUAGAACCCUUGCUUUCAAUGCCGUCAUUCCCCAUAUUCUAGAUUUGAUUAACCCUUUAAGAUGUAAGAUCACAAAUAUGUGAUCAGAAUGUUCUUAAUUGAACAUUAUAGAGCUGAUGCAAUUGAAAGCAUUGGAGAUCUAGGACACUGACUUAAAAUAAAAAAAAUUUAAAAAAACAUUCCAAAAAACCUGCUCUCAAAGGGUUAAGGAAGAGUACAGACUUCUAUAAGUAAAAUUAAUAAAAGAAACAAAUUAUAGUCAACACGCUGAAAUUAUCAUCAUAUAUGAUCAUAGGAUGAAUAAGCUUUUCCAUUUUAUGCAUCUAUGUUUGUUUGUUUACCUUUGUCUUCAUCAUAUUCUGGAUCACGAAUAGUAAAGCAUAUAGAGUUUAUUUAAUAAUUAAAUAAAAUCUAAAAAAUAAACCUGUCUUGCCAGACGUUCCUCCCACUGUGUUACGGGAAGGUUUAUGUUCACAUGUUUCCCAUAGUUCACAAUGUAGGCGUGUCCUCCACUAGUCUGCCCUAGAUGCUUGUUUCAAAUGUCGGCAUUGACUGUUCACUGAAAAAUGAGUCCUUCAGAAGGGAGGAUCGGCAGAUUCGCGGUUUGCGGUCAUCCUGAGGGUUAAAGAGAACACGGUUAAACCAAUAAUGAGGAGAAACGCUAAGGGGGAUUUGCGGAGAUAAAGAAGGAGACUCUGGACAAAACUUCCAUUUUUAGGACUUCUGCUCGGACGGUCCAUCUUUUAAUAUCUUCACAGGUAUGGCAAUAUUAACAGUACUGAGCCUCACUGUCCUGCUGGUGAUUGGGAAUAUUUUGGGAACAGAAGCUGAAGGGCUCUUAAAUACCGCUGACAACUCAUUUCCGGUAGCUUUCCCAACUGCUUCUUUGGUACUGGUCCAAUUCCAGGAGAAAGGAAAUGGUACCACGCCCACCAUACCACCGAACACAACACUUGCACAACUCCCAUCUGAGUACAUCAUAGAAAUCGAAGUCAACGUUUCUGAUCCUGCAGUGUUAAAUGAACUGCAGUGCCUUUUACAAAAAGUCAGUUUUCCUUUUCAAGUCAACACAAGGAUUAACAUAACACAUGUAAAUCUUACUACAGUGUGCAACAUAUCUGAAUGCACGAUUCCAUCCAAAGGACCAUUUUGUCCAGCAAGUACCACGCCCACCAUACCACCGACCACAACACUUGAUACCACUUCCACCAAACCACCGACCACAACACUUGGUACAACUUCUUCAUUCACUGUAUCAACAACACAACUCCCAUCUGAGUACAUCAUAGAAAUCGAAGUCAACGUUUCUGAUCCUGCAGUGUUAAAUGAACUGCAGUGCCUUUUACAAAAAGUCAGUUUUCCUUUUCAAGUCAACACAAGGAUUAACAUAACACAUGUAAAUCUUACUACAGUGUGCAACAUAUCUGAAUGCACGAUUCCAUCCAAAGGACCAUUUUGUCCAGCAAGUACCACGCCCACCAUACCACCGACCACAACACUUGAUACCACUUCCACCAAACCACCGACCAAUACACCUGGUACAACUCCUUCUUACAAUGUAUCAACGGAUACCACUUCCACCAAACCACCGACCAAAACACCUGAUACCACUUCCACCAAACCACCGACCAAAAUACCUGCUCCUGUCAACGUUGGGAUGCCCACAACAACAGCGAAAAAAGCAACUCCUACCAGCGUUGGGAUGCCCACAACAACAGCGAAAGCAAAAUUUGACCUGCAUAUGUCAUUUAAGAUUAUUGGCCAGACUUACAAUCCUCGUUUGAAUGACACUUCCUCUCAAGAAUAUAUUCAAUUGGAAAAGAUCGUCAAAAAUGCUAUUGAUGAAAUCUUCAGGAUGACGGUUAAAGGAUACAUCGGAGUAUCAGACAUUCGCUUUUCGAGUGGCAGUGUGAUUACGACGUAUAUAAUUGGAACAAACAAAGUCAAUUCCUCUGAAAUUCAGAAGGCAAACGAAGAAGUUGUAAGUACACUUCAGAGCUACAAUGUUGACAACACAUCCUUCACAGCAGCUCUCAUAGAAAAUACAUUUGAGAAUCUGAAUAUGGUCUUUUAUGGAGAUAACAUGUCUUUGAAUUGUAAUCCAACUGUGGACAAAGAGGGAAAUAAGGUAACCUGGAAGUUGAAUGGAAUGAAUAUUACAAGUGCUUCAAAAUAUGCGAUCAACGAGAUGACAUCAAAUCUGAUUGUAAAGAGCAUUCUUAUAUCUGACAGCGGAACAUAUGAAUGCUCUGUGCAAAUUGGCGUUGUGCAGUUUAUCCGAAAGAAGUACAUUGCAGUGCAGCCUACACCCGCAGUGAUUGUGGAGAAUCAAGUCAGCUACAGCCGCUGCAAUCAAAAGGUCGAAUUGAAGUGCUGUGGAAGGGCACCCAACUUCAGCCUACAGUGGAUCGAAAAUAGUCAACAACUGACAUCCUGUAAUGAUAUUAUUUCCUGUAAAGACAAUUGCACUACGAUCGACGUGACGUGCCAAAAUGAAGGGGAAAUCAAAACAUUCAUUUGCAAAAUGACAUUUGAAAAGAAAGAGCUCACAAAGGAAGCUACUGUGCACUUCAUCAAAAACGGUGUGAUAUUUACUUGUAACGACAGUGUGUACGGCCCUGGAACAGAAAAUGACAUCGCUGUUGUAGGCUGCGUUAACGAAACAGAAGGCAGCAGGGCGGCACAGUGCAAGAGUAGCAAGUGGACGUUUGUGAACAACACCUGCCUCUCACCAGCAAUUAAGGAGCUACAAUUAAAAUCACAGGUUUUGGAUAAAGACAUUCCAGGGUUUGUACAGGAACUCUAUCAGGUCAACAUGAAGUUGAUCGAUGAUGUAGUCAUUUCUACUGCAAAUAUUUUAACUGAUGUGGACAUACUGCAGAAUAUUAUAGUAGCUAUAAAUAAAAAUGGAACUCGUUUCAACGAAAGUGUGAUUCAGAAUUUUCUGAAUACUGUGGAUAUUUUAGUUUCUGAAGAAACAACUUUAACCUGGAACAUAUUAAACAACAACACCAACACUAACGGGACCGGCUCUAAGUUACUGAAUACAGUAGAGGAAAUCGUAAAGGUCAUCAGCAACCCUUCCACCAAUAUAUCAACAUCCACACUGCAGUUAAACAAAGCAAUAUACUCUGAGGACUACAACAUAUCCUAUUUUAAUUCAACUGACAAUGUAAUGGUAUUUCAAUCGAUGCCUAGCUCCCGAUCUGAAAUUACUACUGUACGCUUUCUUACCCUGGACAUAGUUUUACCGCCACGGAACCUCACCAGUUCGAAUAACACGAUUAACGGAGCCGUCUUAUUAGCCUACACGAACAGCACAGUUGCUAAAGUUACUCUGACAUUCAAAAUAAGAAACAGAACACUGGGCAAUCCACAGUGUGUCUUCUGGAACUUCACAGAAACAGCCUGGGACUCAUCGGGGUGCGAGGUGCAACCUGGCGGGAACGAGAGCAUAACGUGCGUCUGUAACCACCUGACCUCCUUCUCCAUAUUGAUGUCACCUUUCAUCCCCGAAGCAUUCAGACGCAUUUUGGAUUUCAUCACCUACAUUGGAGUGGCCAUAUCUAUGGGCAGCCUGGUCCUGUGUCUCAUCAUUGAAGCCAUCGUUUGGACCGCCGUCACCAGAAACAACAUAUCGCACAUGCGGCACGUCACCAUCGUCAACAUCGCUGUGUCCCUGCUGAUCGCAAACAUAUGGUUCAUCAUCGGGGCGGCCAUAAGUAAUGUGAAGACGCCAGUCGGACCCUGCAGUGCUGCAACUUUUUUCAUCCACUUCUUUUACCUGGCCUUGUUCUUCUGGAUGUUGAUUUCAGGCGUCCUGCUUUUUUACCACAUGGUCAUGGUCUUCUCUCACAUGUCCAAGAGGGUGAUGAUGGCUAUCAGCUUCACGGUAGGCUAUGGUGCCCCCCUAAUCAUUGCCGUCGUCACGGUGGCAGUCACAGCACCACAGAACGGAUACUUCCGGCCAGACGACGCCUGCUGGCUCAACUGGUUUCAGACAAAGGCUCUCCUUGCUUUUGUGAUUCCUGCCCUGGCCAUAGUGGCCAUAAAUUUCAUCAUCCUGAUUGUGGUACUGUAUAAAUUGAUAAGGAGGGGAACUGGAGAGAACCAGACAGACGAAAGAAAUGCAGUGGUGGUCAUCGCAAGGUGCAUCGCUGUCCUCACCCCUUUCUUUGGACUCACGUGGGGUUUCGGAUUAGGAAUUAUGAUCGAACCACAAAACAUUGGCCUCCACAUUGUGUUCACCGUUCUCAAUUCAUUACAGGGUUUCUUUGUUUUAGUGUUUGGAAUACUGUUAGACAGCAGGAUACGAGCAGCAUUAGCAGGGAGGUUUUCAUUUAUACACACAAGCUCCAACCGCACAAGGAGCACAAGUGGAGGUCCCUCUUCAUCAAGUGGAUUGGGUCUGUUUCAAAGACGAGGCAGAAGAGAUGCAUACCAUGUCUCAGAAGCCGCAACUUCAAGCCAAUCAAACGCUGCUUCAGAUUCUUUCCUCAAUACUUAGUGCUGUUCGGCAUGGCUGUCUAUGUUGUUAUAUGAUCAUAUACCUCAAGACCAUGGACACGCGAACGGCUAAUUGUCAAUAUGUUUUAUUCGUUUAGAAAGCACUUUUUUUAUCCAGAUAUUUUUAUUCUUCAGUUUCCUCUCAUUUUGUAAACACCAUUUUGUCCUACAGUCUUUGAAAUACUCAUACAAAAUUCAUACUGACAUUUGUACUGCCCAUACACAGUAUAUCAUUGUUGAAUUGCACUGUAUAUGCCGCCAUUUAUUUUAGCCCGAGGGACUCUAGUCUAAUACAAUCAGGGACUUCAGUCAAGACCUUGAUUUUGUUGAAUCAGAUGGUUUACUGUUGCGGGAGACAAAGGUGUGCAGCCACACAGGCCCGUCUCAGGAAAGAUUAGACACUCCUGCUUUAAAAGUCUUUCUCCAUCCCUAUUGUGUAUGUGAUUUGCCAUUGUAGACCGAGUGGUAUCACCUUGCACGUGGACGCCCAUGCCAUAAAAACGGCUCUCCAAGCUGCCUGCCUAACAGGAAACAGUUACACCAGUCAGGGCUCCUCGUUUUGUAGUGUUCACCUGGAGUAGGUGUUUCCCUGUAAGACGGAACAACGAAUGCGCUGCACCUGCCUGUACUGUAAAAUGUUUUGUAUGAAACAAGGACAGUCCUUUUAACCUUCUUAUUGAGUAAAUUCAAAGUUGAUUACACAAUGAAUAGUUUGCUGUCAGUCAAAUCAAACUUGUACAGGUUGGAAUUUCUGAAAUGUGAACGUGGUCAUUUUUAAAUGAUCAAUCCCCUUUCUUUUCCAGUUGAUUCCAAUCCAUGUGCAGUCUAGCUGUAAAUUGAAGUCUCUCUUAAUUUUUGCAAAUUACAUUUUAGCAUUUAGCAUUUUGUGCUGUGGUUGUUUUGCAGUCUGUUUUGUACCCAUGUGACAUGCAGCGAGCUCCAUAAUGUUUGGCACAAAAACAUAUAUAUUUUUUCCUUGAUGACAGUUAAUUGUUUGAGCUAUCUAUUGUGCAUUGUGUAGCUAUGUAUUUGUUUGUCUUGUCAUUAUUUCUUUUCAUUGUAGGCCAUUUUGUCAAUUGUAUGUAGAUGCUGAAGGAAUUUCAUGAUGGAGUCUAUUAAAACACUCUUAGCCCUACUAUAUUCUGUCAUUGAUGGCAUACAGUUAGGGGAUCCUGGGGUUGGUUGGCACUCUUUUCACUCUUUGCCAUAUUUAUCCAGCAAAAUUGACAUUACUUUAUCCAGUAACAAGCUCUCAGCUAUAAAUUCGUUUUAAUAUCCAAUAAUGUUUAUUUGGUGACCUUACUUUGGAAAAGUCAUGCUGUUCACUUGUGCCAACCCCAAGGAUAAACCCAACUGAGAUAGAUAUCUCUUUUGACAUAAGACACAAAGUUACACAAGACAGUAGACAAACAAGUUACAGACAUCAAAUGGAGAAAGAGACAGCAGUGUAACAGUAAUUAAAAGCAGUGUGGAGGUUAAAAACAGGAGAAUAUUUCAGUCACACUUCCCUGCGGCGGCGAGGACGCCGCACGCAGACACACACUUCCCUGCGGCGGCGAGGACGCCGCGCGCAGACACACACUUCCCUGCGGCGGCGAGGACGCCGCGCACAGACACACACUUCCCUGCAGUGAUGGCGGCUUCCCUGGACAAUUUGUGGACAUUUGGUAUUUCUUUUUUGUUUAGUUUUGUAUAGUAAUUUGGAGAGAGAGAGAGAAAAAAAAGG